GAUGGAAGGAUGGCAUUUGCCAGCUCGGUCUCUGCGGCAGAGCAAUGCGGCGUGGCCACAGUCAACUCUGGAGAUGGUAUCGACUACAGCCAGCAGAAGAGAGAGAACAUCGGUGACCUGAUCCAGGAGACUCUGGAGGUGUUUGAGCGCUACGGAGGAGAGGACGCCUUCAUCAACAUCAAAUACAUGGUGCCCACCUACGAGUCCUGCAUUGUCAGCUGGGGGGCGGUGUCACUUUCACGUUGAACAGACUCUUGGCACCGUUCAGACCUGAUGUGAACAUCCGUCCAUAGAGAUCCGAUCACAAGUGGAUUCAUACGCUGGUUUCACACCUUCAUUAUGAUUUUCUUGUGUGCUUCACAAAUAAAGUUAUUAUUACUAUUGUUAUUAAACUGCAUCAGGUCACUCAGGACUGAUGUCAGCCGGUCUGAAUGGGGACUUUGACCCAACUCUUCCUCCUCCGCUCUGUCUUCCACUCCUCCUGUAUUCAUCAUUAUAACAGUAAAGUUAGAUUUUGAGAAAGAUGUUUCCUCAUUGAAAUAAAUCACCAUGU